AUGAAUGGAAGCCUUCUAUAUCUUACUGCAAGAAGGCCAAAUAUCACAUUUGUUGUUGGUGUAUGUGCUAGGUAUCAAGCUGAACCAAAGGCUAGUCAUCUUGUUCAAGUCAAAAGGCUUAUCAAGUACGUUAAUGGAACCAAUGACUAUGGCAUUCUAUAUUCACAUGAUCCAAACUCAAUGUUGGUAGGUUAUUAUGAUGCUGAUUGGACUAGCAAUGCUGAUGAUAGAAAGAGUACUUAUGAGGGUUGUUUUUUCCUUGGAAGCAAUCUAAUCUCGUGGUUUAGCAAGAAGAAAAGCAGUGUGUCAUUAUCUAUAACAGAAGCAUAA